AUGCAGUGGCAUACAUACAAAUACUGGAUAAGAAGUAGGAGCGUGAUUCUGGGUCGAAAAGGGGCCUAUUGUCAAGUCAAUUAUUAUUUGUCCCAUAGCAGGGGAAAUUGAGUUUGCAGUUUUGAUAAGUAAUGGAAAUGAUACAAGAUACAGUGCAUUAGGAAAGUAAUCAGACCCCUUGAUUUUUUCCACAUUUCGUUACGUUACAGCCUUAUUCUAAAAUGGAUUAAAUAAAAAAAAUUCCAAAUCAAUUUCCACACAAUACCCCAUCAUGACAAAGUGAAAACAGGUUUUUAGACAUUUUUGCAAAUGUAUUACAAAUAAAAAACAGAAAUACCUUAUUUACAUAAAUAUUCAGACCCUUGGCUAUGAGACUCUAAAUGCAGGUGCAUCCUUGAAAUGUUUCUACAACUUGAUUGGAGUCCACCUGUGGUAAAUUCAAUUGAUUGGACAUGAUUUGGAAAGGCGCACACCUGUCUAUAUACAGCCCCACAGUUGGCAAUGCAUGUCAGAGCAAAAACCAAGCCAUGAGGUCGAAGGAAUUGUCCGUAGAGCUCCGAGACAGGAUUAUGUCGAGAAACAGAUCUAGGGAAGGGUACCACAACAUUUCUGCAGCAUUGAAGGUCCCAAAGAACACAGUUGCCUCCAUCAUUCUUAAAUGGAAGAAGUUUGGAACCACAAGCUGGACGCCCGGCCAAACUGAGCAAUCGGGGGAGAAGCGCCUUAGUCAGGGAGGUGACCAAGAACCCGAUGGUCACUCUGACAGAGCUCCAGAGUUCAUCUAUGGAGAUGGGAGAACCUUCCAGAAGGAUAACCAUCUCUGCAGCACACCACCAAUCAGGCCUUUAUGGUAGAGUAGCCAGACGGAAGCCACUCCUCAGUAAAAGGCACAUGAAGGCCUGCUUGGAAUUAGCCAAAAGGCACCUAAAGACUCUCAGACCAUGAGAAACAAGAUUCUCUGGUCUGAUGAAACCAAGAUUGAACUCUUUGGCCUGAAUGCCUAGCGCCACGUCUGGAGAAAACCUGGCACCAUCCCUACGGUGAAGCAUGGUGGUGGCAGCAUCAUGCUGUGGGGAUCUUUUUCAGUGGCAGGGACUGGGAGACUAGUCAGGAUCGAGGGAAAGAUGAACGGAGCAAAGUAUAGAGAGAUCCUUGAUGAAAACCUUCUCCAGAGCGCUCAGGACCUCAGACUGUCGCAAAGGUUCACCUUCCAACAGGACAGCGACCCUAAGCACAUAGCCAAGACAAUGCAGGAGUGGCUUCGGGACAAAUCUCUGAAUGUCCGUGAGUGACCCAGCCAGAGCCCGGACUUGAACCCGAUCUAACAUCUCUGAAGAGACCUGAAAAUAGCUGUGCAGCGACGCUCUCCAUCCAACCUGACAGAGCUUGAGAGGAUCUGCAGAGAAGAAUGGGAGAAACUCCCCAAAAACUGAUGUGCCAAGCUUGUAGGGUCAUACCCAAGAAGUCUCGAGGCUGUAAUCGCUGCCAAAGGUGCUUCAACAAAGUACUGAGUAAAGGGUCUGAAUACUUAUGUAAAUGUGAUAUUUCAGGGUUUUACUUUUUAUACAUUUGAAGCAAUUUCAAAAAACCUGUUUUUGAUUCGUCAUUAUUGUCACGAUCGUCUAAAACAGGAGACCAAGGCGCAGCGCGUUGAGUGAACAUGAUGACUUUAAUUAGUAAAGCACGUCAAUCCAAAACAAAAGACGACAGUGAAGUCCAAUAGUGACUCUGACUAAACAGGACCAAAAACCCACAAACCCCACAGGAAAACAUACAGAAAUAAAUAUGGCUCCCAAUCAGAGAUAACGAGCCGACAGCUGACACUCGUUACCUCCGAUUGGGAGUCAUUGACCAAACCUAGAAAUACAACACUUAGAAACACCCAACCAAACAUAACAAAAUACACCCUGGCUCAAAUACAAAAGUCCCGGAGCCAGAGUGUCACAAUUAUGGGGUAUUGUGUCUAGUUUGAUGAGGGGAAAAAACAAUUUAAUCCAUUUUAGAAUAAGGCUGUAAUGUAACAAAAUGUGGAAAAAGUCAAGAGGUCUGAAUACUUUCCCGAAUGCACUGUAUAUGAUACAAGAGGAGACACAUGGCAGCAUAUUUCUAGAACAAGGAUGGCCAACCCUCCCCUGCAGAGAUACUGGGUGUGCUGGCUUACUCUUACCCAUCUGAUUCAGCCAAUCAAAGUCUGGAUUAUUUUUUGACAGACACACCCUUGAACCAAUCGCCUGUGUUAUUUUCCCCCUCUAGGCCCGCCCCCUACCACAAUACGGGUCAAUGAGAGGGCGGUACGCAUCACCCCCUCCACCAUCUUCUUCAAGUUCAACUGCAGCUGGUUCAAUGACGUCAACGGAGCAGUCAGGUUCUUCACUGUCAUCGUGGCUGAGUCCAAUGGUAAAACAUCCUCUUUCUUUACAGCUUCAUACAACUGUCCUUUCUUACUAAACUACACUACUGGUCAAACGUUUUAGAACACCUACUCAUUCAAGGGUUUUUCUUUAUUUUUACUGGGGCGGCAGGUAGCUUAGUGGUUAAGAACGUUGUGCCAGUAACCGAAAGGUCGCGGGUUCUAAUCCCAGAGCCGACUAGGUGAAAAAUCUGUCGAUGUGCCCUUAAGCAAGGCACUUAACCCUAAUUGCUCUUGUAAGUCGCUCUGGAUAAGAGCGUCUGCUAAAUGACCAAUUUUUUUUAUUUUUUUAUUACUAUUUCCUACAUUGUAGAAUAAUAGUGAAGACAUCAAAACUAUUAAAUAAUAUAUAUGGAAUCAUGUAGUAACCAAAAAAGUGUUAAACAAAUGAAAUAUAUUUUAUAUUUGAGAUUCUUCAAAUAGCCACCCUUUGCCUUGAUGACAGCUUUGCACACUCUUGGCAUUCUCUCAACCAGCUUCACCUGGAAUGCUUUUCCAACAGUCUUGAAGGAGUUCCCACAUAAACUGAGCACUUGUUGGCUGCUUUUCCUUCACUCUGCGGUCCGACUCAUCCCAAACCAUCUCAAUUUGGUUGAGGUCGGGGGAUUGUGGAGGCCAGGUCAUCUGAUGCAGCACUCCAUCACUCUCCUUCUUGGUAAAAUAGGCCUUACACAGCCUGGAGGUGUGUUGGGUCAUUGUCCUGUUGAAAAAUGAAUGAUAGUCCCACUAAGCCCAAACCAGAUGGGAUGGCGUAUCGCUGCAGAAUGCUGUGGUAGCCAUGCUGGUUAAGUGUGCCUUGAAUUCUAAAUAAAUCACAGUGUCACCAGCAAAGCACCCCCACACCAUAACACCUCCUCCUCCAUGCUUUACAGUGGGAACUACACAUGGAGAGAUCAUCCGUUCACCCACACCGUGUUUCACAAAGACACAGUGGUUAGAACAAGAAAUCUCAAAAUUGGACUCCAGACCAAAGUACACAUUUCCACCGGUCUAAUGCUCCAUUGCUCAUGUUUCUUGGCCCAAGCAAGUCUCUUCUUCGUAUUGGUGUCCUUUAGUAGUGGUUUCUUUGUAGCAAUUCGACCAUGAAGGCCUGAUUCACACAGUCUCCUCUGAACAGUUGAUGUUGAGAUGUGUCUGUUACUUGAACUCUGUGAAGCAUUUAUUUGGGCUGCAAUUUCUGAGGCUGGUAACUCUAAUGAACUUAUCCUCUGCAGCAGAGGUAACUCUGGGUCUUCCAUUCCUGUGGCGGUCCUCAUGAGAGCCAGUUUAAUCAUAGUGCUUGAUGGUUUUUGCGACUGCACUUGAAGAAACGUUCAAAGUUCUUGAAAUGUUCUGUAUUGACUGACCUUCAUGUCUUAAAGUAAUGAUAUACUGUCUUUUCUCUUUGCUUAUUUGAGCUGUUCUUGCCAUAAUAUGGACUUUUACCAAAUAGGGCUAUCUUAUGUAUACCCCCCUCCCUACCUUGUCCCAACACAACUGAUUGGCUCAAAUGCAUUAAGAAGGAAAGAAAUUCCACAAAUUAACUUUUUAGAAGGUACACCUGUUAAUUGAAAUGCAUUCCAGGUGACUACCUCAUGAAGAUGGUUGAGAGAAUGCCAAGAGUGUGCAAAGCUGUCAUCAAGGCAAAGGGUGGCUAUUUGAAGAAUCUCAAAUAUAAAAUAUAUUUGUAUUUGUUUAACACUUUUUUGGUUACUACAUGAUUCCAUAUGUGUUAUUUCAUAGUUGUGAUGUCUUCACUAUUAUUCUACAAUGUAGAAAAUAGUACAAAUAAAGAAAAACCCUUGAAUGAGUAGGUGUUUCUAAAACUUUUGACCAGUAGUGUAUAUCAGUACAGCUCAACUUACUUUCUACACACUUUCCUUUCUUCCUUUGGAUAUGUCAGAUAAUGUUGCUGAUGAAAUCAAAUGCACUUCAACACUUGAAUUUGAAAAACUUGAAAAUGUAAUUGAUGAGGGAGUUAAAAGAGAGCUUUUGAGGGAGAUCUGGAGGGGAUUUAAACACCUUACAUGCAAAAACAAUGUGUGAAUACUUCGUCUAGCCACCUCUUUCUGUAGCUAAUAAAUCCACUUUUGAAUCCAUCCAACUUUAUUAUUUCCUCUUGACCCGUCACAGACAAUGAAGUCCUGCAGCCAGAGCAGCUCCACCCUCUACCUUCCUUCCAGGACUACAGGACGAACAGCUCCGUGCGGGCCUACCAGACAGGCUACUUUCCUAGUGGCUGUGCCCAGGAACAGGGAAUGGGAGCCGGGCGGGUGUUUGAGGUCAACCUGGGGGCGGGGCUGGAUCGCCUGGGAGGGCCUUGUGAUUCAGAGGAGGAUCAUGACAACGAUCACAACAGUGAUCUCUACCACUUCUGUGAUGGUCCUCUCAAGCCUAAGACUGCCUACAGGUAAACAAUGAUAUGGCCCCACACAAGCCAAACACUUUACCUGGGUUUGAAUGAAUUAAAAUGACCAUCCUAAUCAAGUCUUACAGGUCAUACUAACCCUUGACCUUGUCUAAGAGGGCAAAGGAAAGCAGUAUAUUAUAGCCAUUUAUGCCCACCAGGGAAAUACUUUUCCGGUAGAAUGAGUGGUUUUUUCUACAACGUUAGAGAUCUAAGUUGAUACUGAUGGAAGUCAAUGACUGUUCUCUGGUCUCUGUGCAGAAUCAGUGUCCGUGCCUUCACUCAGCUGUUUGAUGAAGACCACAGAGAGUUCCCCCAACCUCUCUACACGGACACCUUCCUGUCUCUCCCCAUCAGGACACAAGCAGGUGAGCUUUACCUCUGAUCCUGGCCCUCUCAUCCCCCUCUCCUUCCCUCUCUCUCUAUUCAUCUGACACUUCCUGUCUCUCCCCAUCAGGACACAAGCAGGUGAAGCCACACUAUAUACCCCUCUACCGCUGACCCUUACCCUCUAAUCUUUCUCUCUCUCUCUCUCUCUCUCUCUCUCUCUCUCUCUCUCUCUCUCUCUCUCUCUCUCUCUCUCUCUCUCUCUCUCUCUCUCUCAAUUCAAUUCAAUUCAAUUCAAUUCAAUUCAAUAGACUUUAUUGACAUGACAAGUAAAAUUACUUACAUUGUCAAAGUAUACAUAUAACAAAAAUGGUGGGACCAACAGCAAUAAUAAUAGUAGUAGUGGAAAUGGGACUACCAUUAACAGCAACUACAACAACAAUAUUAAUGAGAAUAACAAUACAUUAAAGCAAUAGUAGUCGACCAAUCUCAACAUGACUGAGAAGACACAUUACAUGCCAUGAAAGCCAAAACAAAACAGGAAAUAUUAUUGACAUUACAUUACACUUUUCACUGGCUGUCCCUCAGGUUGUGGCAGGAGGACACAUAUUUGGCUGCCAAAAUUGCACAUUUUGGCUUUUCACCCAAUAAAUAUUUGAUUUUUUCUUCCUCUUUUAUAAUUUCAAAUUCUUUGUACUGAAUGAUAAUUUAGGGAAAGAAAGAUUCUCUUAGGUCUGAGUAUUUGUCACAGUGUAAUAGGAAAUGCAGCUCUGUCUCUACCUCUCCCCGGGGGCAGAGUGAGCACAGCCUGUCCUCUCUGGGCAGCCAGGUUUGCCUGUGACGACCGGUCUCUAUAGCCAGACUGUGCUCACUGAGUCUGUACCUAGUCAGUGUUUUUCUCAGUUUUCUAUCAGUCACAGUGGUCAGAUAGUCUGCCACCAUGUACUGUCUGUUUAGAGCCAAAUAGCAUUGAAGUUUACUUUGAUUUUUUGUGGUGUCUUUCCAAUAGGUGAUAUAUUUUUCUUUUUGCUUUGUGAUGAUUUGGUUGGGCCAGAUUUUCUGAGUGCUGUCCUGAGGCUCUAUGAGGUUGGUUUUGGUUAGUGAACUGAGCCUCAGAACCAGCUGGCUGAGGGGACUCUUCUUGUCACGAUCGUCGUUACAGGAAGCGGACCAAGGCGCAGCGUGUGAUACAAACAUGACUUUAUUUUAAUAACGAACAAACCAAAACACGACUCGUGAAGUCCAACGGUUAAACAUACCGAAACGGAACAAAAACCCACAACACCCACAGGAAAACAUACAGAUUAAAUAUGGCUCCCAAUCAGAGAUAACGAGCCGACAGCUGACACUCGUUACCUCCGAUUGGGAGUCAUUGACCAAACAUAGAAAUAAACCCAACAGAAAUACAAACAUAGAAAUACACCCAAACAAUGAACACACCCUGGCUCAAUAUACAGAGUCCCGGAGCCAGAGCGGGACAGUACCCCCCCCUAAAGGCGCGGACUGCGACCGCGCCUCAACUAACCAAAACAGGGGAGGGCUGGGCGGGCAUACCUCCUCUGUGGCGGUUCUGGCUCCGGCCUUGAUCCCCACCUCCUCUCCAACCCCCCAAAGUACCCCUGGUCCUGUCUAGCCCCGCCGGCCGGAGCCAGACUGACGACACGCGCCCCUGGCUUGGUGCGUGGAGGACGAACGGGCCUUACCAGGCUGACGACGCGCACCACUGCCUUGGCGCGGGGAGCAGGAAUGGGCCGGACCGGGCUGAUGAAGCGCACCCCUGACUUGGUGCGGAGAGCGGGACCGGACCGGACAGGGCUGACGACACGCACCACAGACUUGGUGCGGGGAGCAGGAUUGGGCCGGACCGGGCUGAUGAAGCGCACCCCUGACUUGGUGCGGAGAGCGGGACCGGACCGGACAGGGCUGACGACACGCACCACAGACUUGGUGCGGGGAGCAGGAUUGGGCCGGACAGGGCUGACGAAACGCACCACCAACUUGGUGCGUGGAGCAGGAACAGGUCGGGCAGGGCUGUCGACGCACACCGUAGACCUAGUGCGUGGAGCAGGAACAGGCCGGGCUGGGCUGGCGACGCACACCGUAGUUCUAGUGCGUGGAGCAGGAACAGGCCGGGCUGGGCUGGCGACGCACACCGUAGUUCUAGUGCGUGGAGCAGGAACAGGCCGGGCUGGGCUGGCGACGCACACCGUAGUUCUAGUGCGUGGAGCAGGAACAGGCCGGGCUGGGCUGGCGACGCACACCGUAGUUUUAGUGCGAGUGGCAGGAACAGGCCGGGCUGGGCUGGCGACGCACACCGUAGUUCUAGUGCGUGGAGCAGGAACAGGCCGGGCUGGGCUGUGGAGACGGAUAGGAGACCUAGAGCGAAGAGCGGCCACCACCCGUCCUGGCUGGAUGCCUACCCUCACACACUCUGCGUGAGGCAUCCGCACAGGACGUACAGGGCUGUGAACCCGUACCGACAUGACAGCACGCGAUACGGGAGCAGGAUAUCCGGGACCGCGGAGAGGCACUGGAGACCUCGAGCGUAGAUCCGGCACACUCCGUCCUGGCUGCAUCCCCCCCUUCGCACGACACGUGCGGGGUGCUUGCACAGGACGUACAGGACUGUGCCGGACCACUCGUGGCACAGUACGCUGCUCCGCAUACCGCGGAACCUGCCCCGUCCCACGCUGCCAUGCCUGAGUACGGGAAGUUGGUUCCGCUCUACCUCCAGGCCUCGCCAACCUGCCUUCUGCCUCCCAACACCCGGUGACCACCUCUCCAAAACGUCCUGUAGCAGCCGCCUGCUGCCCAGCCGCCAAAGCCAUGUGCCCCCCCCAAAAAACUUUUUGGGGUUGCCUCUCGUCCUUCCGACGAUGGCCCUGCUGAUGCCGUUGCUCCUCUCCUGCCAGGUUCUCCCCCUUCAUCGCCCUCCGGUACCGGACGGCCUCCUCCUGCGUAAUCUGUCCCCAGCCGAGGAGGACAUCCACCAGCGUUCUCUCCUGCGGGUGUUCCUGUAUACGCUGCUUGGUCCUUUUGUGGUGGGUUUUUCUGUCACGAUCGUCGUUACAGGAAGCGGACCAAGGCGCAGCGUGUGAUACAAACAUGACUUUAUUUUAAUAACGAACAAACCAAAACACGACUCAUGAAGUCCAACGGUUAAACAUACCGAAACGGAACAAAAACCCACAACACCCACAGGAAAACAUACAGAUUAAAUAUGGCUCCCAAUCAGAGAUAACGAGCCGACAGCUGACACUCGUUACCUCCGAUUGGGAGUCAUUGACCAAACAUAGAAAUAAACCCAACAGAAAUACAAACAUAGAAAUACACCCAAACAAUGAACACACCCUGGCUCAAUAUACAGAGUCCCGGAGCCAGAGCGUGACACUUCUCUUGUUUCAUCUCUUGACAUAGUAGAGCUGUGUGAUGGAAUGUUUUGGGGUCACUUGUUUUUAGAUGGUUGUAAAAUUUGAUGGCUCUUUUUUCUAUUCGAAUAAGGAGGGGGUAUUGGCCCAAUUCUGCUCUACAUGCGUUAUUUGGAGUUUUUCUUUGCACUUGCAAUACAGUCUUACAAAACUCUGCAUGCAGUAUUUCGAUUGGAUGUUUGUCCCAUUUGGUAAAUUCAGUAUUAGAGAGCGGACCCUAUACUUCGCUGCCAUAUAGAGCAAUUGGUUCUACAACUGAUUGGAAAAUUUUGAGCCAGAUUCUAAUUGGAAUUUCGAUUUUAAUAUUCCUUUUAAUGGCAUAGAAUGCUCUUCUUGCUUUGUCUCUCAGCUCAUUCACAGCCAUGUGAAAACUACCUGUGUUGCUGAUAUUUAGUCUUAGAUAUGUGUAAUUUUUGGUGUGUUCUAAUAGAACUGUGUCCAAAUAGAAUUUAUAUUUGUCAUCCUGAUUUCCGGACCUUUUUUGGAAUAUCAUUAUAUUCUUUUUUUUUAGAUUAACGGUCAGGGCCCAGGUCUGACAGAAUCUGUGCAGAUGAUCUAGAUGCUGCUGUAACCCCUCCUUAGUGGGAGACAGUAGCACCAGGUCAUCUGCGUACAGCAGACACUUGAUUUCAGUGUUGUGUAGGGUGAGACCAGGUGCUGCCGAUUCUUCUAAUGUUUUUGACAAUUCGUUAAUGUAGAUGUUAAAUAGUGUUGGACUUAUUGGGCAGCCCUGUUUCACUCCACGUCCCUGAGAGAAGAAGUCUGUUUGCUUGUUGCCGAUUUUAAUCGCACAUUUGUUUUUAGUGUACAUUGAUUUAAUAACAUCAUAUGUUUUCCCUCCAAUACCACUUUCUAUUAGUUUGUAAAAAAGACCUUCGUGCCAAAUUGAAUCAAAUGCUUUCUUGAAGUCUACAAAACACGAGUAGAUUUUGCCUUUGUUUUGAUUUACUUGUUUGUCAAUUCGAGUCUGGAGGGUGUAAAUGUGGUCUGUUGUACGAUAAUUUUUUACAAAUCCAAUCUGGCUUCUGCUUAGGACGUUGUGUUCAUCAAGGAAAUUAUGUAGCCUGCUGUUUAUGAUACUGCAGAGAAUUUUCCCCAAGUUGCUGUUAACGCAAUUUCCUCUGUAAUUAUUUGGGUCAAAUUUGUCUCCAUUUUUAUAAAUUGGUGUGAUCUCUCUCUCUCUCUCUCUCUCUCUCUCUCUCUCUCUCUCUCUCUCUCUCUCUCUCUCUCUCUCUCUCUCUCUCUCUCUCUCUCUCUCUGUCUCUCUCUCUCUCUCUCUCUCUCUCUCUCUCUCUCUCUCUCUCUCUCUCUCUCUCAAUUCAAUUUAAUUCAAUUUCAAUUUAAGGGCUUUAUUGGCAUGGGAAACGUGUGUUAACAUUGCCAAAGCAAGUGAAGUAGAUAGUAAACAAAAGUGAAAUAAACAAUAAAUAUUAACAGUAAACAUUACACUUAGAAGUUUCAAAAGAAUAAAGACAUUUCAAAUGUCAUAUUAUGUAUAUAUACAGUGUUGUAACAAUGUGCAAAUAGUUAAAGUACAAAUGGGAAAAUAAAUAAACAUAAAUAUGGGUUGUAUUUACAAUGGUGUUUGUUCUUCACUGGUUGCCCUUUUCUUGUGGCAACAGGUCACAAAUCUUGCAGCUGUGAUGGCACACUGUGGUUUUUCACCCAGUAGAUAAGGGAGUUUAUCAAAAUUGGGUUUGUUUUCUAAUUCUUUGUGGAUCGCUGUAAUCUGAGGGAAAUAUGUGUCUCUAAUAUGGUCAUACAUUUGGCAGGAGGUUAGGAAGUGCAGCUCAGUUUCCACCUCAUUUUGUGGGCAGUGUGCACAUAGCCUGUCUUCUCUUGAGAGCCAGAUCUGCCUACAGCGGCCUUUCUCAAUAGCAAGGCUAUGCUCACUGAGUCUGUACAUAGUCAAAGCUUUCCUUAAGUUUGGGUCAGUCACAGUGGUCAAGUAUUCUGCCACUGUGUACUCUCUGUUUAGGGCCAAAUAGCAUUCUAGUUUGCUCUGUUUUUUUGUUUGUUCUUUCCAAUGUGUCAAGUAAUUCUCUUUUUGUUUUCUCAUGAUUUGGUUGGGUCUAAUUGUGUUGUUGUUGUUGUUGUUGUCCUGGGGCUGUGUGGGGUCUGUUUGUGUUUGUGAACAGAGCCCCAGGACCAGCUUACUUAGGGGACUCUUCUCCAAGUUCAUCUCUCUGUAGGUGAUGGCUUUGUUAUGGAAGGUUUGGGAAUCGCUUCCUUUUAAGUGGUUACAGAAUUUAAUGGCUCUUUUCUGGAUUUUGAUAAUUAGCGGGUAUUGGCCUAAUUCUGCUCUGCAUGCAUUAUUUGGUGUUUUACGUUGUACACGGAGGAUGUUUUUGCAGAAUUCUGCAUGCAGAGUCUCAAUUUGGUGUUUGUCCCAUUUUGUGAAUUCUUGGUUGGUGAGCGGACCCCAGACCUCAGAACCAUAAAGGGCAAUGGGUUCUAUAACUAAUUCAAGUAUUUUUAGCCAGAUCCUAAUUGGAAUGUCAAAUUUUAUGUUCCUUUUGAUGGCAUAGAAGGCCCUUCUUGCCUUGUCUCUCAGAUCGUUCACAGCUUUGUGGAAGUUACCUGUGGCGCUGAUGUUUAGGCCGAGGUAUGUAUAGUUUUUUGUGUGCUCUAGGGCAACGGUGUCUAGAUGGAAUUUGUAUUUGUGGUCCUGGCAACUGGACCUUUUUUGGAACACCAUUAUUUUUGUCAUACUGAGAUUUACUGUCAGGGCCCAGGUCUGACAGUAUCUGUGCAGAAGAUCUAAGUGCUGCUGUAGGCCCUCCUUGGUUGGUGACAGAAGCACCAGAUCAUCAGCAAACAGAAGACAUUUGACUUCAGAUUCUAGUAGGGUGAGGCCGGGUGCUGCAGACUGUUCUAGUGCCCUCGCCAAUUCGUUGAUAUACAGUGGGGAAAAAAACUAUUUAGUCAGCCACCAAUUGUGCAAGUUCUCCCACUUAAAAAGAUGAGAGAGGCCUGUAAUUUUCAUCAUAGGUACACGUCAACUAUGACAGACAAAUUUAGAAAAAAAAAUCCAGAAAAUCCCAUUGUAGGAUUUUUAAUGAAUUUAUUUGCAAAUUAUGGUGGAAAAUAAGUAUUUGGUCACCUACAAACAAGCAAGAUUUCUGUCUCUCACAGACCUGUAACUUCUUCUUUAAGAGGCUCCUCUGUCCUCCACUCGUUACCUGUAUUAAUGGCACCUGUUUGAACUUGUUAUCAGUAUAAAAGACACCUGUCCACAACCUCAAACAGUCACACUCCAAACUUCACAAUGGCCAAAACCAAAGAGCUGUCAAAGGACACCAAAAACAAAAUUGUAGACCUGCACCAGGCUGGGAAGACUGAAUCUACAAUAGGUAAGCAGCUUGGUUUGAAGAAAUCAACUGUGGGAGCAAUUAUUAGGAAAUGGAAGACAUACAAGACCACUGAUAAUCUCCCUCGAUCAGGGGCUCCACGCAAGAUCUCACCCCGUGGGGUCAAAAUGAUCACAAGAACGGUGAGCAAAAAUCCCAGAACCACACGGGGGGACCUAGUGAAUGACCUGCAGAGAGCUGGGACCAAAGUAACAAAGCCUACCAUCAGUAACACACUACGCCGCCAGGGACUCAAAUCCUGCAGUGCGAGACGUGUCCCCCUGCUUAAGCCAGUACAUGUCCAGGCCCGUCUGAAGUGCAUUUGGAUGAUCCAGAAGAGGAUUGGGAGAAUGUCAUAUGGUCAGAUGAAACCAAAAUAUAACUUUUUGGUAAAAUCUCAACUCGUCAUGUUUGGAGGACAAAGAAUGCUGAGUUGCAUCCAAAGAACACCAUACCUACUGUGAAGAAUGGGGUUGGAAACAUCAUGCUUUGGGGAUGUUUUUCUGCAAAGGGACCAGGACGACUGAUCCGUGUAAAGGAAAGAAUGAAUGGGGCCAUGUAUCGUGAGAUUUUGAGUGAAACCCUCCUUCCAUCAGCAAGGGCAUUGAAGAUGAAACGUGGCUGGGUCUUUCAGCAUGACCAUGAUCCCAAACACACCACCCGGGCAACGAAGGAGUGGCUUCGUAAGAAGCAUUUCAAGGUCCUGGAGUGGCCUAGCCAGUCUCCAGAUCUCAACCCAAUAGAAAAUCUUUGGAGGGAGUUGAAAGUCUGUGUUGCCCAGCGACAGCCCCAAAACAUCACUGCUCUAGAGGAGAUCUGCAUGGAGGAAUGGGCCAAAAUACCAGCAACAGUGUGUGAAAACCUUUUGAAGACUUACAGAAAACAUUUGACCUGUGUCAUUGCCAACAAAGGGUAUAUAACAAAGUAUUGAGAAACUUUUGUUAUUGACCAAAUACUUAUUUUCCACCAUCAUAUGCCAAUAAAUUCAUAAAAAAUCCUACAAUGUGAUUUUCUGGAUUUUUUUUUCUCAUUUUGUCUGUCAUAGUUGACGUGUACCUAUGAUGAAAAUUACAGGCCUCUCUCAUCUUUUUAAGUGGGAGAACUUGCACAAUUGGUGGCUGACUAAAUAGUUUUUUUCCCCACUGUAUAUGUUGAAGAGGGUGGGGCUUAAACUGCAUCCCUGUCUCACCCCACGGCCCUGUGGAAAGAAAUGUGUGUGUUUUUUGCCAAUUUUAACCGCACACUUGUUGUUUGUGUACAUGGAUUUUAUAAUGUCGUAUGUUUUUCCCCCAACCCCACAUUCCAUCAAUUUGUAUAGCAGACCCUCAUGCCAAAUUGAGUCAAAAGCUUUUUUGAAAUCAACAAAGCAUGAGAAGACUUUGCCUUUGUUUUGGUUUGUUUGUUUGUCAAUUAGGGUGUGCAGGGUGAAUACUUGGUCUGUUGUACGGUAAUUUGGUAAAAAGCCAAUUUGACAUUUGCUCAGUACAUUGUUUUCACUGAGGAAAUGAACUAGUCUGCUGUUAAUGAUAAUGCAGAGGAUUUUCCCAAGGUUGCUGUUGACGCAUAUCCCACGGUAGUUAUUGGGGGUCAAAUUUGUCUCCACUUUUGUGGAUUGGGGUGAUCAGUCCUUGGUUCCAAAUAUUGGGGAAGAUGCCAGAGCUAAGGAUGAUGUUAAAGAGUUUAAGUAUAGCUAAUUGAAAUUUGUGGUCUGUAUAUUUUAUCAUUUCAUUGAGGAUACCAUCAACACCACAGGACUUUUUGGGUUGGAGGGUUUGUAUUUUGUCCUGUAGUUCAUUCAAUGUAAUUAGGGAAUCCAGUGGGUUCUGGUAGUCUUUAAUAGUUGAUUCUAAGAUUUGCAUUUGAUCAUGUAUAUUUUUUUGCUGUUUGUUCUCUGUUAUAGGGCCAAAAAGAUUGGAGAAGUGGUUUACCCAUACAUCUCCGUUUUGGAUAGAUAGCUCUUCGUGUUGUUGAUUGUUUAGUGUUUUCCAAUUUUCCCAGAAGUGGUUAGAGUCUAUGGAUUCUUCAAUGACAUUGAGCUGAUUUCUGACAUGCUGUUCCUUCUUUUUCCGUAGUGUAUUUCUGUAUUGUUUUAGUGAUUCACCAUAGUGAAGGCGUAGGCUCAGGUUUUCUGGGUCUCUAUGUUUUUGGUUGGAUAGGUUUCUCAAUUUCUUUCUUAGGUUUUUGCAUUCUUCAUCAAACCAUUUAUCACUGUUAUUACUUUUCUUUGGUUUUCUGUUAGAUAUUUUUAGAUUUGAUAGGGAAGCUGAGAGGUCAAAUAUACUGUUUAGGUUUUCUACUGCCAAGUUUACACCUUCACUAUUACAGUGGAAUGUUUUGUCCAGGAAGUUGUCUAGAAUGGAUUGAAUUUGUUGUUUCCUAAUUGUUUUUUGGUAGGUUUCAACACUACUUUCCUUCCAUCUAUAGCAUUUCUUAAUAUUAUUCAGUUCCUUUGGCUUUGAUGCCUCAUGAUUGAGUAUUGCUCUGUUCAAGUAGACUGUGAUUUUGCUGUGGUCUGAUAGGGGUGUCAGUGGGCUGACUGUGAACGCUCUGAGAGACUCUGGGUUGAGGUCAGUGAUAAAGUAGUCUACAGUACUACUGCCAAGAGAUGAGCUAUAGGUGUACCUACCAUAGGAGUCCCCUCGAAGCCUACCAUUGACUAUGUACAUACCCAGUGUGCGACAGAGUUGCAGUAGUCGUGACCCGUUUUUGUUGGUUAUGUUGUCGUAGUUGUGCCUAGGGAGGCAUAUGGGGGAGGGAAUGCUGUCACCUCCAGGUAGGUGUUUGUCCCCCUGUGUGCUGAGGGUGUCAGGUUAUUGUCCAGUUCUGGCAUUUAGGUCGCCACAGACUAGUACAUGUCCCUGGGUCUGGAAAUGAUUGAUUUCCCCUCAGGAUGGAGAAACUGUCUUCAUUAAAGUAUGGGGAUUCUAGUGGGGGGAUAUAGGUAGCACACAGGAGGACAUUUUUCUCAGUUGAGAUAAUUUCCUUUUGAAUUUCUAACCAAAUGUAAAAUGUUCCUGUUUUGAUUAAUUUAACAGAGUGAGUUAUGUCUGCUCUAUACCAAAUUAGCAUACCCCCGGAGUCCCUUCCCUGUUUCACACCUGGUAGUUUGGUGGAUGGGACUACCAGCUCUCUGUAACCUAGAGGGCAACCAGUGGGUCCGUCUCCUCUAUACCAUGUUUCUUGUAGGAUGGCAAUGUCUGUAUUUCCGAUUUCUUUGGUGAAGUCCAGAUUCCUGCUCUUUAGGCCAAAGGCAGAUGACCUCAGGCCUUGGAUAUUCCAGGAUGAAAUAGUGAAGGCUUUGUGUUCCAUAAAGUGUCUAAUGUUGUUGGUUGUGUGGUUUGGCCUCAGGCCAGUAAUUGUGAGCAGAGCCUGCUGAGCAUCUGGUACAUGCCAUUGGCUUGGGCUAGUGUAAGAGUGGGUGUUGGGCCUGUUUGCCUGCUCACGGCCUGGGCGUAUGUGUGACUUUCAUGUUGAGGCCCUCUUUGUGGGAGUGGGAGGCUUGGGGUGGGUAGGAGGGGCAUAGGUCUGAUCUGAGGGGGCCUAAAUGGGGUGUGGGCAUGGUUUACUUGGGGAGGAGUUAAUUGGUGGGGGUAGGGGUGUAGAUGUGGUUGAUGGUGCUGUGGUCUGUAUGUAGGUCCUCUCUGCGGGGGUCCUCUAUGUGUAGGUCCUGGGGGGGGUCCCGCAGGUCUGGGAGAGUGUCUCGCUGGUCUGGGCAGGGUGUCUGUUGAUCUGUUGCUCCUGUGUGAGGUGUUGGGUCUGCGGUUGAGGGCGAUAUCCUUUAGGGUCCGGGCGAAGGUGGGCACUGCUGCCUUGUAUAGGUGGACCUGGUCAUAAAGGCUGUUCACGUCCAGGGUGGAGUGGUGGGCCAGGUAGACAUUUGGUUUUGAUGCACAGUCAGGGGAAAUACUUGCGUUUACCCACUGUAUGGUAGCAGGGUGGACGUCUUUUCGUGGUAACAGGGUUGAGAUAACCAUUUGUGCGUUGGGGAAAGUAGAAGAAGCUUUUUCUAUCACUCCCUUGAGGACUGUGGCCACCCUUUCCUGCUGUGUUCUCAGGUCGUUUGUGCCUGUGUGUAUUAUUAUGUGGCUGGGUGAUCCUAGUCGGUCCUUAGACAGAAGGUCUAGGGCGCGCUGGGUGUUUGGACACCAGAGUUUAGACACUGUGUGUUUUGGAAAAAGUUUAUUUUCUUGUAUGUAUUUCCCGUUUGAGUCCAUAAGGAGUACAAUCUGUGGCUUGUGUAUGUCCUCAGUGGGUGUGGGGGGGUCGUCAUGAGGGCUAUCAGGGUGUCUGACUGGGGGGUUGCUCAAAGGGGUUGGGAUCCCCAGGGCUUGGGGUUCUUCAUUUGUUUGUCUGGGUGUGAUGUCGAGGCUAUGGUCAGGGUCUAGGGUGUACUGUUCUGCUGCGGUGUCAAGACUUUGGCCAGGAUCUGAGGUGGGCUGUUCUGCUGGCUUUUCUGCGGGGGUGGCCAGCUCUCUAAUGGGUUGUUCUAUGUCACCCGUCAUUGUUCUCACCUUCUCCUCCAGCACUCUGAUCCUCUCCUCUAGUGCUCUGUUCUUCUCCUGCUCCUGCUCUUUCUCCUGUUGAUGUUGUCUCACCACAGUCCAGAGUGCAGACAUGUCUCUCUCUACCUGCAGCUCUCCAGGUCUAGUUAAGGGGAUGUUGUUGUGCUGGACUGUUGUCUGGGUCUGUGCUGACUGGAGUGUGUUCACCUGCUGUUCCAGCUCCACCUGCCUUACCUCCAGCUGGGUGAAUUUAUCCUUCAUUUCAAUGAGGGAGUAGUACUCUGUGCUGGGAAGUUGACUUUCUGCUUGGGGUUGCUCUGUGGGGUUAUUUAAUGAAGAGGUCUGGUCUGACCCGCUCGGGGGAGGGGUAUCUUUCUCAAGGGAGAGCUUUCUCUGCUGAGCUAUUUCUUUUGAUUAGGUGAAAGUCCAGCUGGAACUGUUUGGUGUUGCCUUGAACCAAAACGGUUCCAGAUUUAUAGAGAUUAAUAUUAGACGACUCAGAGUCCUCGUUUUCUCUCUCUCUCUCUCUCUCUCUCUCUCUCUCUCUCUCUCUCUCUCUCUCUCUCUCUCUCUCUCUGUCUCUCUGUUCUCUUUUCUCUCCUCUCUAUCUCUCUCUCUCUCUCUCUCUCUCUCUCUCUCUCUCUCUCUCUCUCUCUCUCUCUCUCUCUCUCUCUGUCUCUCUGUCUCUCUGUCUCUCUCUCUCUCUCUCUCUUUCUCUCUCUCAUCCUUCUCUCUUUCCACACCCCCCCUCUCUCUCUCUUGUUCUCCGACAAAAUGUUUUUCAUCUCAACAAGACAACCUGUAUAAUAAAAUAAAUCUAUGACCUUCCCAACCUGUUCUAAGCCUACUGAUUAAAUGCUGCCACUGUACUUUAGUUCAUCCAUGACGCAAAAUACAGUGCAUUCUAAAAUGGAUGAAAUAGUUGUUUUCCUCUAAUCAAUCUACACACAAUGCCCUAUAAUGACGAAGCAAAAACAGCAACAAAAACAAUUUUGCAAAUAUAUUUUUAAAACCCCCUGGGAAAUGUCACAUUUACAUAAGUAUUCAGACCCUUUACUCAGUACUUUGUUGAAGCACCUUUGGCAGCGAUUACAGCCUCGAUUCUACUUGGGUAUGACGGGUUUUAUUACUAUAGUCACUGUCACAGUAAGGGGUUUUAUUACUAUAGUCACUGUCACAGUAAGGGGUUUUAUUACUAUAGUCACUGUCACAGUAAGGGGUUUUAUUACUAUAGUCCACUGUCACAGUAACAGGUUUAUGACUAUUAGUCACUGUCACGUAAAGGGGCUUUAUACUUUAGUCACUGUCAACAGUAAGGGGUUUCAUUACUAUAGUCACUGUCACAGUAAGGGGUUUUAUACUAUAGUCACUGUCACAGUAAGGGUGUCAUACUAUGUCGCUGUCACGUAAGGGGUUUCAUACUUAUAGUCACUGUCACAGUAAAGGGGUUUUCAUUACUAUAGUCACUGUCACAGUGAGGGGUUUUAAUUAAUAUAGUCACUGUCACAGUAAGGGGCUUAUUACUAAGUCACUGUCACAGUAAAAAUGGGUUUAUUACGAUAGUCACUGUCACAGUAAAGGGGUUUCAUUACUAUAGUACUGUAACAGUAAGGGGUUUCAUUUAAUAUAGUCACGGUCACAGUAAGAGGGUUUUAUUACUAUAGUCACUGUCACAGUAGGGGUUUCAUUAAUAUAGUCACUGUCAAAGUAAGGGUUCCUUACUACUAGUCACUGUCAAGUAAGGGGCUUUUAUUACUAUUAGUCACUGUCACAGUAAGGGGUGUUAUUACUUAUAGUCAAUGUCCACAGUAAGGGGUUAUUACUAUAGUCACUGUCACAGUAAGGGGGUUUUAUUACUAGAGACACUGUCACGUAAGGGGUUUCAUUCUAUAGUCACUGCCACAGUAAAGGUUUUUAUUACUAUGUCACUGUACACAGUAAGGGGUUUUACUAUAGUCACUGUCACAGUAAGGGGUUUCAUUACUAUAGUCACGUCACAGUAAGGGUUUAUUACGUAUGGUUUUAGGCUCAUCUGUGCACAGUAAGCGGCUUUUAUUACUAUAGUCACCUGUCACAGUAAGGGGUUCAUUACUAUAGUCCACUGUCACAGUAAGCGGUUUCAUUACUAGAGUCACGUGUCACAGUAAGGGGUUUCAUUACUAAGUCACUGUCACAUAAGGGGUUUUCUUACUAAGUCCACUGUCACAGUAAGGGGUUCAUUACUAUAGUUCACGUCACAGUAAGGGGUUUCAUUACUAUAGUCACUGUCACAGUUGAAGGGGCUUUUUAUUACUAUAGUUCACUGUCACAGUAAGGGGUUUUAUACUAUAGUCACUGUCACAGUUAAGGGUUUAUUACAUAGUCAUGUCCAGUAAGGGGUUUUUACUAUUAGAACCAACUGUCACAGUAAGGGGGUUUAUUACUAUAGUCACUGCACUAGUAAGGGGUUUUAAUUACUAGUAGUCACGGUCACAGUAAGGGGUUUUAUUACUAUAGUCACUGUCACAGUAAGGGGUGGGUAUUAUUACUAUAGUCAACUGUCACAGUAAGGGGUUUUAUUACUAUAGACACUGUCCACAGUAAGGGUUUAUGACUAUAGUCACUGUCAAAGUAAGGGUUUUAUUACUAUUAGUCACUGGUCACAGUAAGGGGUUUUAUACUAUAGUCACUGUCACCCAGUUAGGAAGGGGUUUUAUACCUCGUCAACUUCACAGUAAGGGGUUUCAUUACCUAUAGUCACAUGUCAAAGUAAGGGGUUUUAUUACUAUAUUCACUGUCACAGUAAGGGGCUUUAUUACUAUAGUCACUGUCACAGUAAGGGGUUUCAUUACUAUAGUCACUGUCACAGUAAGGGGUUUCAUUACUAUAGUCACUGUCACGUAAGGGGUUUCAUUACUAUAGUCACUGUCACAGUAAGGGGUUUUUAUUACUAUAGUCACUGUCACAGUAAGGGGUUUCAUUACUAUAGUCACUGUCACAGUAAGGGGUUUCAUUACUAUAGUCACUGUCACAGUAGGGGCUUUAUUACUAUAGUCACUGUCACAGUAAGGGGUUUUAUUACUAUAGUCACUGUCACAGUAAGGGGUUUUAUUACUAUAGUCACUGUCACAGUAGGGUUUUAUUACUAUAGACACUGUCACAGUAAGGGGUUUUCAUUACUAUAGUCACUGUCACAGUAAGGGGUUUUAUUACUAUAGUCACUGUCACAGUAAGGGUUUCAUUACUAUAGUCACUGUCACAGUAAGGGGUUUCAUUACUAUAGUCACUGUCACAGUAAGGGGUUUUAUUACUAUAGUCACUGUCACAGUAAGGGGCUUUAUUACUAUAGUCACUGUCACAGUAAGGGGUUUCAUUACUAUAGUCACUGUCACAGUAAGGGGUUUCAUUACUAUAGUCACUGUCACAGUAAGGGGUUUCAUUACUAUAGUCACUGUCACAGUAAGGGGUUUUAUUACUAUAGUCACUGUCACAGUAAGGGGUUUCAUUACUAUAGUCACUGUCACAGUAAGGGGUUUCAUUACUAUAGUCACUGUCACAGUAAGGGGCUUUAUUACUAUAGUCACUGUCACAGUAAGGGGUUUUAUUACUAUAGUCACUGUCACAGUAAGGGGUUUUAUUACUAUAGUCACUGUCACAGUAAGGGGUUUUAUUACUAUAGACACUGUCACAGUAAGGGGUUUUAUUACUAUAGUCACUGUCACAGUAAGGGGUUUUAUUACUAUAGUCACUGUCACAGUAAGGGGUUUUAUUACUAUAGUCACUGUCACGUAAGGGGUUUUUUACUAUAGACACUGUCCACAGUAAGGGGUUUUAUUACUAUAGUCACUGUCACAGUAAGGGGUUUUAUUACUAUAGUCACUGUCACAGUAAGGGGUUUUAUUACUAUAGUCACUGUCACAGUAAGGGGUUUUAUUACUAUAGUCACUGUCACAGUAAGGGGUUUCAUUACUAUAGUCACUGUCACAGUAAGGGGUUUUAUUACUAUAUUCACUGUCACAGUAAGGGGUUUUAUUACUAUAGUCACUGUCACAGUAAGGGGUUUUAUUACUAUAGUCACUGUCACAGUGAGGGGUUUCAUCCAUGGGAUGUUUGUGUGUUAUUGUUUUCUCUCCCAGAGCCCCUAAGCGGAGUCAUCGAGGGCAUCAGCGCUGGAAUGUUCCUCAUCGGAAUGUUGAUCGCUGUCAUCUUCCUCCUCAUCUACAGGCAGAGAGUCCGUAAAGUGUGAGUAUCUGUCAAGGGUUUGGGAUGUUUAACCUUGCCUGAGACCUGAACACCUGCGUUACCUCCCUGGGCAUCAGCCUUUAGCUCAGUUGGCUAACACCGUUUGAUAAAAUAACGCUGGAACUCACAUGUAGAUGUAUAUUUUCACGUGUCUUGAGCUAGUAGACGGUAAAUAAUGUUUCUGUUUGUUAUUCAUGAAGAAAGUAAUCUGGCGUCUCGAACACAGUGAUUAAUGAUCAGCAUUCUCAAACUCAGUCUGCAAAUGAACUCUGACCUUAUUGUAGAGUCCAGAACCUACCAUUUGUCACGCUAAUGAUUGCGUAAUUAUGAAUGAUGUAUAAAUGACUGAAGAAUUAGUAAUUUCCUGCUGGACAGACGUACUGUGGUGUAUGUGUGUUGUGCAUUAUGCUACCCAUUCAGGCAAAUCUAAUACCAUUUUCCAAAUUGGGUUAAAAAAAAUAAUAAUAUGGAUUUAUAGUUGAAUUGAUUGUAUGAUUGUACGCACACAGGGCGGUACAGGAGAGCCCGGUGGUGCGGAUGAGCAUGUGGAAGCAGGUGCCUACAUCAGGGAUGUACGUCGGAGUCAGAAGGUGAGACACACAGAAUCCUUUUUUCCCCCCUUUUGUAUACUUCCCCUUGGUGACAUCAUCCGCAAUCAUAACAUUCCGUUUCCCUGCUGUGUGGAUAACGUUCAGCUCUGUUGACCAAUCAGACCCAGUGACUAAGCUAGCGUAGCUGGCCCUUCACAAGGUUCUUGCUGACAUCAGAUGUUGGAUGUCUGACAAUUUUCUGCAGCUCAAUGAUAUAAAAAAAUCUGAGGUUGUUGUAUUUGACCCCCACCUUGCUAGAACUAAGACUGUAGAUAACCUUGGUUGUAGAUAACCUUGUAGAUAACCAUUUUGUCCACCAAUGGAAAGUCUACGGCCAGAAACCUUGAUGUCUUCUUUGAGCCUGACCUAAACCUCGAGCUGCAUGUAAGAAAGGUUGUCUAGUCCUGCUUUUAUCAUCUACUGUAAGAAAUACAGCUAAAGUCAAGUCUUUUAUCUCAGCCACUGAUUCUAUUGCCUCACGCCUAGAUUACUGUAACUCUUUGUAUACGUGUGUCAGUCAAAAAUCACUCCAUCGUCUACAGUUAGUUCAAAAAGCUGCAGCUCGGUUUUUAAAAGGCGGGGAUCAGGCUUACAGAUUCAGUGCCUCUUUACGCCCCUGCUGAAGACACACUUCUAUAAAGAUGCUUUUAAUGUCUGAUUUCAACGUCUGAUUGUAAUUUUCUUGUUUCAUUCUCCUUCCUCCUGUUUGUGUUUCUUUGUUAGUACUUUGAUAUGAUUUAAUUAUUUUAUGAUGUGAAGGACUUUGUUACUUGUAUUGAAAAGCACUAUACAAAUAUUAUUAUUAUUACACACACACUCACACACACACACACACACACACACACACACACACACACACACACACACACACUCACACAGACCUGGUUUCAAAUACUAUUUUAAAUAUCUCAAUUACUUUCACAUUCUGUACAUUUGAAGUAAGUAUUCAGAUAUAUUUUUAUUUGAAAAGAAAAGUAGUUGAAUAUUUUAAUGCAUUUUGGAAAGUAAUUGAAAAUGCUCAAAUACACAGACUCAAAUACACUCCAAUGCAUUUAACCCAGGUGUUUAAAAAUAGUAUUUGAACUAAGUAUUUUGACAAUACUCUCAAAUACAUUUGGUCGACUAUUUUUAUUAUAUUUUUACAAAUAACCAUCAAACAUGUUUUCACUUGUUUUGGGCUGUGUAUUUGAAAAUACUCAAAUAUACAGAAAAACUAAAAGUAUUUUAAAUACGAAAUACUGCAAUACACAGUCCAGAUCUGACACACACACACUACCAGUCAUUAUAUUCCUGAAUGAUUGGACUGAGAUGAAUCAAGCUCUCAGGUCUCUUUAAAUCUAUGUCUGAGUACGUACUGUAGACCAUCCCUCAUAAAGAAUCCAUAAAGAGUUGUUCAUUACAACUGUACGCUCUCUGAGUUGAGAAGCCCCUAGAGACACACGUGUCUUCAUGCGUAAUUACACUGUAGUGAAGAUUAUAGGGAAGACAUUACUUGAGAUUGAAGGAGCGGCAAACAAAUACUGGAGUCACUCCACGUAACAGCAAAUACUGGAGUCACUCCACGUAACAGCCAACUGCUGAAAUCUCCCUCCUAGUCCUUCCAGCUAGUGACUGACAGAGAAUAGAGCACACAAAGAGAGAACUGCUGAAAUAUACAUUACUUAAAACAAGUGAUGGACAUGGAGAUCAGAGCAAAGAGAAGGGCUAGCAGUUAAUUGAUUUCACAUGUGAUGACAGACUGAGGCCAUCUCUCCUCUCUCCUCUUCUCUCCUCUCUCCUCUCUCCCCCUCUCUCCUCUUCUCUCCUCUGUCUCUCCUCUCUCCCCCUCUCUCCUCUCCUCUCCCCCUCUCUCCCCUAUCCCCCUAUCCCCCUCUCUCCUCUCUCCUCUUCUCUCCUCUGCUCUCCCCUUUCCCCCUCUCUCCUCUUCUCUCAUCUGUUGCUCCUCUCUCCCCCUCUCUCCUCUGCUCUCCCCUUCUCUCCUCUGUCGCUCCUCUCUCCCCCUCUCUCCUCUGUCUCUCCCCUUUCCCCCUCUCUCCUCUGCUCUCCCCUUCUCUGUCUCUCCCCUAUCCCCCUCUAUCUUCUGCUCUCCCCUUCUCUCAUCUGUCUCUCUUCUCUCCCCUCUCUCCUCUCCUCUCUCCUCUGCUCUCCUCUGCUCUCCUCUGUCUCUCCUCUCUUCCCUUCUCUCCUUUGCUCUCCCCCUCUCUCCUCUGCUCUCUUCUGCUCUCCCCUUCUCUCCUCUGUCUCUCCUCUCUUCUCCUCUCCUCUCUGAUGCCAUUCGAUUUGUUUUGUCCAUCGUCACACUCACUCACAGGGAACCUUAAUCAGCAUGAGUGAAGGGACAGAGAGGGACGGCACUCUCCCUAUCUCUAAAAAUAGAUGUGUGCGUACAAGCGUGUGUGAGUGUGUACGUGCGCUCGUGUGUGUGUUCGUGUGUGUUCGUGUGUGUGCUGAAAUAAUGGAUGCAAUCAUCUACUAGGUUGUUGCGGAUCGAUAGCAGGAAGGUGUUUAAACCACUCUGCUCUGUUGGUGGACAACCAUCAUUGAUCCCUGGGUUUUCACUCACCAGUCAGCAGGCCUUGACACAGGGGAGGGACUACCAUCACUGAUCCCUGGGUUUUCACUCACCAGUCAGCAGGCCUUGACACAGGGGAGGGACUACCAUAAUUGAUCCCUGGGUUUUCACUCACUAGUCAGCAGGCCUUGACACUGGGGAGGGACUACCAUAAUUGAUCCCUGGGUUUUCACUCACCAGUCAGCAGGCCUUGACACAGGGGAGGGACUACCAUAAUUGAUCCCUGGGUUUUCACUCACCAGUCAGCAGGCCUUGACACAGGGGAGGGACUACCAUAAUUGAUCCCUGGGUUUUCACUCACCAGUCAGCAGGCCUUGACACAGGGGAGGGACUACCAUAAUUGAUCCCUGGGUUUUCACUCACCAGUCAGCAGACCUUGACACAGGGGAGGGACUACCAUAAUUGAUCCCUGGGUUUUCACUCACCAGUCAGCAGACCUUGACACAGGGGAGGGACUACCAUAAUUGAUCCCUGGGUUUUCACUCACCAGUCAGCAGGCCUUGACACAGGGGAGGGACUACCAUAAUUGAUCCCUGGGUUUUCACUCACCAGUCAGCAGACCUUGACACAGGGGAGGGACUACCAUAAUUGAUCCCUGGGUUGUCAGUCACUACUGAGAGGGGAUGGACAACACAGUGAACUCCUGUCUCCCUCAACCCACUGUCUCUAAGACACUCAGUCUCUCAACAGGUUCAGCAUCAACAGACAGUAUGUGUAAUAUCAUGAACCUUCUAGGGUUGUUAUAAACAAUGUAAUUGCAUGUUCAGGUCUCUCUUGUGAAAGAGGUCUUCAGACCUCAAUGGGACAACCUGGUUCAAUAAAGGUUAAAUUAAAAUAAACAAGUAACUGUAAAUUAAAGGUAAUUUCUGCAGAGUGGCGUAGGGGUCUGUGAGGAAGUAACAAGAUUAGUGUGCGGGGAGAGAAUCGCACUAUGAAUCGCUGAGUCGCGAUACAAAAUGUGUAACAAGAUAAAGGAAAUCUGUUUAACGGAACUCAGCCAUCUAAUCUCACACUCUACUACUCUUUAUUUCAGCAACCGACGCAUCUCGAGGUGCGUCUACUAUAUUAUUCAUAUUAUCUUCUGUCUCUAUAAAUCCUGAAUUAAAUAGGAUGGAAAUGUAAUAUAACAUGUAGUAAAUCCUAUUAUCUUCCCUAAAUAAAUCACAAUAAAUACUGCACCAUAAAUGGUUUUUUUACAUUUACAUUUAAAUCAGUCUCGUAAAUCAUUUAUCUAAGAUGUGUUUGUCUCCCCUCAGCCCCGUCAAAGCAGCCCAUUUUGAAUCCCACCUCACUAAGCUACAGGCAGACUCCAACUACCUUCUGUCAGAAGAAUUUGAGGUAAAGAAAACCUUCAGAAAUUAUUAUCUGAUAAGAGAUCCCCUUAUCUACAAACAAAUAUUUAUAAAGGGGUCUAUAAGUAGUUUUCAAACUUUUAAGUAUUAGUUUAUAAAUAAACUCUUUCUAAACUCGUGUGCUUUAUUUGUAAGGCCUCUAGUCCACGGAGCUGGUUCACUAAAUUAUUCAUUAUCUCUAUUCCCCCUCAGGAUCUGAAGGAUGUGGGCCGUAACCAGCCUCUGGAUGCAGCCCGUCUACCAGAGAACAGGGGCAAGAACCGCUACAACAACAUACUGCCCUGUGAGUAGCCUACAGAGUGGAUCUAAAGAUGCCAUGUCGUUAAUGAGAGAGAGAAUUCAGAAUUGAAUUGAGAGAGAGAGAGAGAGAGAGAGAGAGAGAGAGAGAGAGAGAGAGAGAGAGAGAGAGAGAGAGAGAGAGAGAGAGAGAGAGAGAGAGAGAGAGAGAGAAGAGAUCGAGCGAUAGAGCGAAGAGAGAGAGAGAGAGAGAGAGAGAGAGAGAGAGAGCACAGCGAGUUAGAUAUUAGAAAGUGUGUAAAAUGAGUAUAUCUACUGUAUAGAUAGGUCAGGACUAUUCUACUGUGUAGACAGGUCAGGACUAUUCUACUGUAUAGACAGGUCAGGACUAUUCUACUGUAUAGACAGGUCAGGACUAUUCAACUUUAUAGACAGGUCAGGACUAUUCUACUGUAUAGAUGGGUCAGGACUAUUCUACUGUAUAGACAGGUCAAUACUAUUCUACUGUAUAGACAGGUCAAUAGUAUUCUACUGUAUAGACAGGUCAGGACUAUUCUACUAUAUAGACAGGUCAGGACUAUUCUACUGUAUAGACAGGUCAGGACUAUUCCACUGUGUAGACAGGUCAGGACUAUUCUACUGUAUAGACAGGUCAGGACUAUUCUACUGUGUAGACAGGCCAGGACUAUUCUACUGUGUAGACAGGUCAGGACUAUUCUACUGUAUAGACAGGUCAGGACUAUUCUACUGUAUAGACAGGUCAGGACUAUUCUACUGUAUAGACAGGUCAGGACUAUUCUACUGUAUAGAUAGGUCAGGACUAUUCCACUGUAUAGACAGGUCAGGACUAUUCUGCUGUAUAACAGGUCAGGACUAUUCCACUGUAUAGACAGGUCAGGACUAUUCUACUGUAUAUACAGGUCAGGACUAUUCUACUGUAUAGACAGGUCAGGACUAUUCUACUGCAUAGACAGGUCAGGACUAUUCUAUUGUAUAACAUGUCAGGACUAUUCCACUGUGUAGACAGGUCAGGACUAUUCUACUGUAUAGACAGGUCAGGACUAUUCCACUGUAUAGACAGGUCAGGACGAUUCUACUGUAUAGACAGAUCAGGACUAUUCCACUGUAUAGACAGGUCAGGACUAUUCUACUGUAUAGACAGGUCAGGACUAUUCUACUGUAUAGACAGGUCAGGACUAUUCUACUGUAUAGACAGGUCAGGACUAUUCUACUGUAUAGACAGGUCAGGACUAUUCUACUGUGUAGACAGGUCAGGACUAUUCUACUGUAUAGACAGGUCAGGACUAUUCUACUGUAUAGACAGGUCAGGACUAUUCCACUGUGUCGACAGGUCAGGACUAUUCUACUGUGUAGACAGGUCAGGACUAUUCUACUGUAUAGACAGGUCAAGACUAUUCUACUGUAUAGACAGGUCAGGACUAUUCUACUGUAUAGACAGGUCAAUACUAUUCUACUGUAUAGACAGAUCAAUAGUAUUCUACUGUAUAGACAGGUCAGGACUAUUUUACUAUAUAGACAGGUCAGGACUAUUCUACUAUAUAGACAGGUCAGGACUAUUCCACUGUAUAGACAAGUCAGGACUAUUCUACUGUAUAGACAGGUUGGGACUAUUCUACUGUAUAGACAGGUCAGGACUAUUCUACUGUAUAGACAGGUCAGGACUAUUCAACUGUAUAGACAGGUCAGGACUAUUCUACUCUAUAACAGGUCGGGACUAUUCUACUGUAUAGACAGGUCAGGACUAUUCUACUGUAUAGACAGGUCAGGACUAUUCCACUGUAUAGACAGGUCAGGACUAUUCUACUGUAUAGACAGGUCAGGACUAUUCUACUGUGUAGACAGGUCAGGACUAUUCUACUGUAUAAACAGGUCACAACUAUUCAUCUGUAUAGACAAGUCAGGACUAUUCUACUGUAUAGCAAGUCGAGACUAUUCUACUAUAUAGACAGGUCAGGACUAUUCUGCUGUAUGGACAGGUCAGGACUAUUCUACUGUAUAGACAGGUCGGGACUAUUCUACUGUGUAGACAGGUCAGGACUAUUCUACUGUAUAGACAGGUCAGGACUAUUCUAUUGUAUAGACAGGUCAGGACUAUACUACUGUGUAGACAGGUCAGGACUAUUCUACUGUGUAGACAGGUCAGGACUAUUCUACUGUAUAGACAGGUCAAGACUAUUCUACUGUAUAGACAGGUCAGGACUAUUCUACUGUAUAGACAUGUCAGGGCUAUUCUACUGCAUAGACAGGUCAAUACUAUUCUACUGUAUAGACAGGUCAAUAGUAUUCUACUGUAUAGACAGGUCAGGACUAUUCUACUAUAUAGACAGGUCAGGACUAUUCUACUAUAUAGACAGGUCAUGACUAUUCUACUGUAUAGACAGGUCAGGACUAUUCCACUGUAUAGACAGGUCAGGACUAUUCUACUGUGUAGACAGGUCAGGACUAUUCUACUGUAUGGACAGGUCAGGACUAUUCUACUGUAUAACAGGUCAGGACUAUUCUACUGUAUAGACAAGUCAGGACUAUUCUACUGUAUAGACAGUUCGGGACUAUUCUAAUGUAUAGACAGGUCAGGACUAUUCUACUGUAUAGACAGGUCAGGACUAUUCUACUGUAUAGACGGGUCAGGACUAUUCUACUGUGUAGACGGGUCAGGACUAUUCUACUGUGUAGACGGGUCAGGACUAUUCUACUGUGUAGACGGGUCAGGACUAUUCUACUGUAUAGACAGGUCAGGACUAUUCUACUUUAUAGACAGGUCAGGACUAUUCUACUGUAUGGACAGGUCAGGACUAUUCUACUGUUUAACAGGUCAGGACUAUUCUACUGUGUAGACAGGUCAGGACUAUUCUACUGUGUAGACAGGUCAGGACUAUUCCACUGUAUAGACAGGUCAAGACUAUUCUACUGUAUAGACAGGUCAGGACUAUUCUACUGUAUAGACAGGUCAGGACUAUUCUACUGCAUAGACAGGUCAAUACUAUUCUACUGUAUAGACAGGUCAAUAGUAUUCUACUGUAUAGACAGGUCAGGACUAUUCUACUAUAUAGACAGGUCAGGACUAUUCUACUGUAUAGACAGGUCAGGACUAUUCCACUGUAUAACAGGUCAGGACUAUUCUACUGUAUAGACAAGUCAGGACUAUUCUACUGUAUAGACAGGUCAGGACUAUUCUACUGUAUAGACAGGUCAGGACUAUUCUACUGUAUAGACAGGUCAGGACUAUUCUACUAUAUAGACAGGUCAGGACUAUUCUACUGUAUAGACAGGUCAGGACUAUUCUACUGUAUAGACAGGUCAGGACUAUUCUACUGUAUAGACAGGUCAGGACUAUUCUACUGUAUAGACAGGUCAGGACUAUUCUACUGUAUAGACAGGUCAGGACUAUUCUACUGUAUAGACAGGUCAAUACUAUUCUACUGUAUAGACAGGUCAGGACUAUUCUACUGUAUAGACAGGUCAGGACUAUUCUACUGUAUAACAGGUCAGGACUAUUCUACUGUAUAGACAAGUCGGGACUAUUCUACUGUAUAGACAGGUCAGGACUAUUCUACUGUAUAGACAGGUCAGGACUAUUCUACUGUAUAGACAGGUCAGGACUAUUCUACUGUAUAGACAGGUCAGGACUAUUCUACUGUAUAGACAGGUCAGGACUAUUCUACUGUGUAGACAGGUCAGGACUAUUCUACUGUAUAGACAGGUCAGGACUAUUCUACUGUAUAGACAGGUCAGGACUAUUCUACUGUAUAGACAGGUCAGGACUAUUCUACUGUAUAGACAGGUCAGGACUAUUCUACUGUAUAGACAGGUCAGGACUAUUCUACUGUAUAGACAGGUCAGGACUAUUCUACUGUAUAGACAGGUCAGGACUAUUCUACUGUAUAGACAGGUCAGGACUAUUCUACUGUAUAGACAGGUCAGGACUAUUCUACUGUAUAGACAGGUCAGGACUAUUCUACUGUAUAGACAGGUCAGGACUAUUUCUACUGUGUAGACAGGUCAGGACUAUUCUACUGUAUAGACAGGUCAGGACUAUUCUACUGUAUAGACAGGUCAGGACUAUUCUACUGUAUAGACAGGUCAGGACUAUUCUACUGUGUAGACAGGUCAGGACUAUUCUACUGUAUAGACAGGUCAGGACUAUUCUACUGUAUAGACAGGUCAGGACUAUUCUACUGUAUAGACAGGUCAGGACUAUUCUACUGUGUUUACUGCUGCUAAGACAGGCUGUACCAUUGAUCUCCCUCUGACUCUGCAACUCUGUCCGAUACAGUGUAUACAUCCCAAAUAGCACCCUAUUCCAUAUAUAGUGGACUACAUUUGACCAGGGCCUAUAUGGCUCUGAAGGAAAUAAGGUGACAUUUGGGAUGGACGCUGUGUCUGAUCUUUCUUUAGCUAAGUUAAGUUUCUGCUUUGUCGUUGUUCAAUGUGUCAAAUGUUGCCAAUGUGGCAAAGGUUUUAACUCACCAAAUAAGAAGUGUUUGUUCAAGUGAUAAUAUAAUUGGAGGUGCCUAAUUGUGUAGCGGAAAAAAAGUUGCCAUUCAAAAAAUUAGCAAACGAUGUACGUUUACAGUUGUGAAUUCAUUUAAAGCAGGGGGUUACUUUGUACAAGGUAUUAGUGAAGCAUGGCCUGUCAAUCUGUGUCACUGCUCAAUACAAAGUGAAGCAGCAUCCUUAGUUUAGUGCAUUUACAUCACAACACAUCUUCAAUACCUCUGUGAAGAUUCCAAGACUUUGCAAUAUUUUUUAUGAGAGCUAAAGUAGCUUUGACUGAGAGCUGAAGACUUGAGUUAAUGCCUAGGCUUUAGCUCAGUGGGAUAACCCAGUCCGUCACAUUAACAACAUCUCUCUUCUGUUCUAGAUGAUUCCACCAGAGUGAAGCUCUCCUACCUGGAGGAUGACCCCUGUUCAGACUUUAUCAAUGCCAGUUAUAUACCAGUAAGUUAAAGAGAUUAUCCGGUACUUCUUAAAACGUAUUAGCCAGUAGUUCUGAAAGUAGCCUCACGAAAACAAAAAGUGGUCCCCGAAAAUUGCGUAUUACGUCACAUAUGCAGAUAUGUGCACCACGUCAUUGCGCUCUCUCUCUCUCUGCUGUGUGUGCAUCUCGCUAGCUUUCACUGACAUGGCAAGAGGCUGAAACUCAUUGGCUGGAACUCUAAUUGCUAGGGGGCUGGCCCACGGGGGGGGGGGGAUGUAGUAAAAAUGGCGCCACACAGCUUCCAGUAAAUAGUCGCUUUCAAAUUAGGAAUUUCGUGGCUAAUUGGGGUAAAACAGUAAUUCUGCUCAUAGAUUAUGCAUGAAUGAACUACACAUUCACACAUCCAGCCCAAAGCGGAAGGUUUAAAAAAUACUUAGUAGUCUUUAAAUUCAGGGACAUAUCACACCUGAUUUCUGAAAAACAUAUAGGACCACUGUAUAUCACAGGGGGCUGGUUUGGUGGGCACAGAUUAGGUAGGUAGGUAGAGUAGUUACAGUGGGGAAAAAAAGUAUUUAGUCAGCCACCAAUUGUGCAAGUUCUCCCACUUAAAAAGAUUAGAGAGGCCUGUCAUUUUCAUCAUAGGUACACGUCAACUAUGACAGACAAAAUGAGAAAAGAAAUCCAGAAAAUCACAUUGUAGGAUUUUUUAUGAAUUUAUUUGCAAAUUAUGGUGGAAAAUAAGUAUUUGGUCAAUAACAAAAGUUUCUCAAUAAUUUGUUAUAUACCCUUUGUUGGCAAUGACACAGGUCAAACGUUUUCUGUAAGUCUUCACAAGGUUUUCACACACUGUUGCUGGUAUUUUGGCCCAUUCCUCCAUGCAGAUCUCCUCUAGAGCAGUGAUGUUUUGGGGCUGUCGCUGGGCAACACGGACUUUCAAUUCCCUCCAAAGAUUUUCUAUGGGGUUGAGAUCUGGAGACUGGCUAGGCCACUCCAGGACCUUGAAAUGCUUCUUACGAAGCCACUCCUUCGUUGCCCGGGCGGUGUGUUUGGGAUCAUUGUCAUGCUGAAAGACCCAGCCACGUUUCAUCUUCAAUGCCCUUGCUGAUGGAAGGAGGUUUUCACUCAAAAUCUCACGAUACAUGGCCCCAUUCAUUCUUUCCUUUACACGGAUCAGUCGUCCUGGUCCCUUUGCAGAAAAACAGCCCCAAAGCAUGAUGUUUCCACAUUUUACAUUUACGUCAUUUAGCAGACGCUCUUAUCCAGAGCGACUUACAUUAUUUUAUUUUUUUCCUACCCCCUGUGGGAAUCGAACCCACAACCCUGGCGUUGCAAACGCCAUGCUCUAUCAACUGAGCUACAUCCCUGCCGGCCAUUCCCUCCCCUACCCUGGACGACGCUGGGCCAAUUGGGCGCCGCCCCGUGGGUCUACCGGUCACAGCCGGCUACGACAGAGCCUGGAUUCGAACCAGGAUCUCUAGUGGCACAGCUAGCACUGCAUUGCAGUGCCUUAGACCACUGCGCCACCCCCAUGCUUCACAGUAGGUAUGCUGUUCUUUGGAUGCAACUCAGCAUUCUUUGUCCUCCAAACACGACGAGUUGAGUUUUUACCAAAACGUUUCAUCUGACCAUAUGACAUUCUCCCAAUCCUCUUCUGGAUCAUCCAAAUGCACUCUAGCAAACUUCAGACGGGCCUGGACAUGUACUGGCUUAAGCAGGGGGACACGUCUGGCACUGCAGGAUUUGAGUCCCUGGCGGCGUAGUGUGUUACUGAUGGUAGGCUUUGUUACUUUGGUCCCAGCUCUCUGCAGGUCAUUCACUAGGUCCCCCUGUGUGGUUCUGGGAUUUUUGCUCACCGUUCUUGUGAUCAUUUUGACCCCACGGGGUGAGAUCUUGCGUGGAGCCCCAGAUCAAGGGAGAUUAUCAGUGGUCUUGUAUGUCUUCCAUUUCCUAAUAAUUGCUCCCACAGUUGAUUUCUUCAAACCAAGCUGCUUACCUAUUGCAGAUUCAGUCUUCCCAGCCUGGUGCAGGUCUACAAUUUUGUUUCUGGUGUCCUUUGACAGCUCUUUGGUCUUGGCCAUAGUGGAGUUUGGAGUGUGACUGUUUGAGGUUGUGGACAGGUGUCUUUUAUACUGAUAACAAGUUCAAACAGGUGCCAUUAAUACAGGUAACGAGUGGAGGACAGAGGA